AAAUUGACGACAGAUUACAAAAAUUUGACUCUACAGUUUUCAACUUAUUGACAUUUUUCCAUAACUUUCCUUGUUUACUGAAUAUCAUCAUCAAUUUUGAUUCGCAUUCCCGCUGAUAAAAUCACAAACGUGUUUGUGUUAAUGAACAAAUAUACAUCGCCAAAGAAAUCAAAUUAAUGCGACAUACGUGUCAUUUCGUACUGUUUAUACAACGUUUCAACAUCAGCUCGCCCCCUGUGUGGUUCACAGCAAUUGGCUGGUUUCAUUAAAUAUCGCGAUUUCCUCGGACUAAUAAGUGACAUAUUCAAUAAGAAUUGGUGGUGGACUAUAUCGGAGUCACUUUAUCUCCGUCAUCUCGUCGAAAAUCCAACGAAUGAUCUUCAUGAAGUGUUCUAUUUCCCAGAUAUUUAUUGGUGAAAUGCGUCGAUUACUCUUACUGAGCAUAUUUUUGCUACUGGCGCAGCAAAUUGUUGCUCCUCCAGUUACCAAGACUCAAGAAAGCGAGAAUAAUAAUGAAGUUCAUGAAACGCCGAAGGAUGCGCUGGGUUUGGAGUAUGACCGAUACCUCCAGGAAGUCGUGAGUGCUUUGGAACAGGAUACUCACUUCCGCAAUAAGCUUGAGAAGGCAGAUGAAAAUUACAUACGGUCAGGAAAGAUAGCUAAAGAAUUGGAGUUCGUGAAUCACCGGGUGCGAACAACGUUGGACGAACUGAAGAGAACUGAGUUGGAAAGAUUGAAAGAGCUACAUCACAGGAAACGACAACUUGGAGAGUCACAUGACUCCACUCCUCCUCAUGCUCCUCACAUUGAUCAGACCAAUCAACAUACAUUCGAGAUCCAAGAUUUGAAAAAAUUGAUCCAAAAGACUAAUGAAGAUUUGGCUGAGGCUGACAGAAGACGUAAGCAGGAGUUUAAAGAAUACGAGAUGGAGAAAAAAUUCGAGGAGGAAGAGAAAAUGAAGACCUUGAAUGAAGAGGAGAAGAAGAAAUAUGCUGCCGAAUUAGAAGCAAUGAAGGAGAAACAUAAAAAACAUCAGCCACUCCACCAUCCUGGUAGUAAACAACAGCUGGAGGAGGUCUGGGAGAAGCAAGACCAUAUGACGGAUGAAGAGUUCAACCCAAAAACCUUCUUCUACAUGCACGAUCUCGAUGGAGACGGCUACUGGGAUCAGUACGAAGUUGAAGCUCUUUUCGUGAAGGAAUUAGAUAAAAUGUAUAACGACAACCCCGAAGACGAUAUUCGAGAACGUCAGGAGGACAUGGAGCGCAUGAGGGAGCACAUGUUUGCUGAAGCUGAUACCAAUCAAGAUGGGCUCAUUGACUAUAAUGAGUUCCUCGGGCUAACGAAGAAAAAGAACUUCCAGGAGGAUCCUGGCUGGGAAGGCCUGGAUAAACAGGAACAUUAUUCACAGCAGGAGUACGAUGCUUAUCAGUUACAGAAACAACAGGAAAUGCAAAGGAUGGCUGCUCAAGGAUUGAGACCACCAUAUCCUGAUGUUGGACACCAAGGACAGUUCCCACCACAACACGUCGAUCCCAGUCAACUCCAUCAUCAGGGGCAAGUACCACCAGCCUAUCCACCGCAAUAUCAGGGUCAGGUCCCUGUUCAACAUCAGCAGUACCAGGGGCAGGUGCCUCUUCAACACCAGCAAUACCAGGGACAGGUGCCUGUGCAGCAGCAAUAUCAGGGACAAGUUCCUCUUCAGCAGCAGCAGGUGCCGGUCCACAAUCAACAGCCAGUUCCGGCCCAGGGCCAGAUUCCAAUUCCUCAGCAACCGGUCCAACAACAAUAUCAACCACCUCCACAGCAAUUGCCGCUUCAUCAGGUUCCAAGUGUACAGGUCCCACCGAAUGUAGCUCAACAACCCGUUGUCAAUAACCAAAUCCACCAGGAAAAUGUUCCAGCUGUGAAUCAACAGCAUCAACCAGGUCAAGUCCAGAAUAUCCCGACGCAGCAACCGCCUCAGCCGGUUAAUCCUGUUCAUAAUGGAUCCCCCAAUGUCGUUCAUGCGUGAAGGCAUAGCUUCAUUGAAUGAUUGGGUUGUUGCAUAAUUUUGAUUGGGAAAAAAAUUAAAAUUUCUGUGAAAAAUAUUAGAUAUCUACCUUUUCAGGUUGAAAAAAGAUGUUGGGCGAUUUGGCGCGACGUAGCGAAAUCCUUCUGAUCACCUCCAAUUACUUUAUUUUUUUUUACCGUACAAAAUAAAACGUCUAAUAUUUUUCUUUCGACUUUGAUAUGGAAUACUAAAAAGAUUCUAUGCAAAACCCCAAUGGAAUUGUCCGGGAUAUGCGCAUAAAUAAAGUGUCUAUUGCAUUCUCGAUUUAGGUAUUUAAUUGAUGCUCUGCGGAGAUUAUUCACAUUUUGAAAAGAUGAAAUACUUUCUCUGGGAUAAUUUGUGAAAUGGUAUAUUUAAUAUUCAAUAGGAAAUUCCCGAAGCAUGUCCUAUGUUUCUGGGAUUGUCUGAAUGUAUUUCGAAGUUUCGUGAAUGUUUUUUGCAUUUUUUUGUUGUAAAAAUAGAAUAAAAGCAUUUGCGGAUUGUAUUUCGGGAAACGAGCAUACGAUUUGCCAUUGACCAUUUUACAUUUCAAAUAUCGGACUAUUUUUUCUAAUAAUUAUUUAUAUUUAUACCGAUAUCAGUUCAGAAAUUGUAAAUUUCAUAUUCUGUUUAGUUUGGCAAUUAUUUCAUUGUAUUCUUCUCUAUAACAAUAGAAUGAAGAUAUUUCAAUUUGUAUAUUGAGUGGCGAAUAAAAAAAUUGUAAAGUUCUGAUCAA